AUGUAUGCGUCAGAACAGACACGAAAACGACCAAGUCUUGGGCGAUCAUCGAAUCGCUUAGGAUCGACGUUUAGAGUCCCAUUUCUACGUACUCGAAAACAUAUAGAAACAGAUGGAGAGGUGGAAAGGUCUACAGUUGUUUCCCAUUCAGUUAAAACACCAUUAGCAACAGAAUCAACGGAAUUAAAUCUUCAAUUCGGACGAUCACCGUUAAAACGAAGUGAAAGAGUUUUAAUUGAUUCAACAUUUGUAUCGCCAAUUGCAAAGCGGAACGCAAGAUUUGUAUCGUCAGUGACUACACCAAAGCAUCUUACAAAUUCUAUAUUGAAUCAUUCAAAAGGGUUUGAAUUGACUACACCGAAUCCGACGAAUAAAUUAAGGAAACAUGUUUCAGUAGAGAAUUUUAUAGCGCCAAUUCUUAAGGAAUCCCCUUUUAUAUCGAAUAAACAAUCUUCUGCAUUUUAUUCAGCUUUUUUUUCUAACGGAAAACAGCCUCAUCCACUUUCUCAUACAGAAAUGGCAGAAGAAAUACCAGGAAUAAAGGGAGGAAUGUCAAUUUCUACACGGCAAACGUUUUGUACGCCUCAGGACUAUCGAUUGGUCAAACCUCUUCAGACAGUAUUUAUGUCAACUGGACUUUUAUCGAAACGAAAUCGACCUCAUUCGGGUACAUCAAUUCUUCCACCGGAAACACCCUGUAAACGAUCUGUUACGUUUGAUGUUUUACAAACUCCAGUAACACCUGUAGCAGGACCUACAGAUACGUCUUUUUCAUCACAAGAAGAAAGCUUUGAAGGCAUUGAUUUGAGUUUUUUAUAUAAUAGUAGUAGUUCAGAAUUUGAUUGUCCAUUAACACCAACAAAGGGUAUAUUUCUUGAUAGUGAACGCUUUGGGAAGCGCUGGAAAAUUGAUUCGAAUCCAACUGAUCUUUCUUUUUUUCAUCUUUCUAAGGUUCCUGAGCAUGGUAUAUUGUCAGAUACUCAAAGUUUGACGAUUCCAUCCAAUUGUAUGAGUUUAAAAAAAUUGGAUCCACCUUCUCCUAGUUUAUUAACAUCUCGUUUUCGUAAUGUUGAACUUGUGGGUUCGGGCGAGUUUUCUCAGGUUUAUGAAGUGCAAGAACGAGAUGGUUCUUCUAAAUUUGCUGUAAAGAAAACUAAGUUUGCAUAUUCCGGUCUAAAGGAACGACAUCGACGGCUUGAAGAAGUAAAUAUUUUGAGAAAAUUGGGAACUCAUGAGCAUAUUGUAAAAUUAUUAGAUUCUUGGGAACAAUCCCGAUAUUUAUAUAUUCAAAUGGAGUUAUGUGAUAAUGGAAGUUUAGAUAUAUUCUUACAAGAAUAUGGAAGAUUAGCAAAACUUGAUGAAUUUCGUGUUUGGAAAGUAAUGACUGAGCUGUUAUUGGGUCUUUCACAUAUCCAUGAUAGUGGAUAUAUUCAUUUGGACCUAAAACCUGCUAAUAUAUUUAUAUCAUUUGAAGGAAUUUUAAAAAUUGGCGAUUUUGGAAUGGCAUCUGAAUGGCCAGUGCCAGAAGGGACUGAGCGCGAGGGUGAUCGAGAAUAUAUUGCACCUGAAGUUUUAUCAUCACAACAGUAUGAUAAACCAGCCGAUAUAUUUUCAUUGGGACUAGUUAUUCUUGAAGUAGCAGCUAAUAUUGUCCUACCACAAAAUGGAGUAUCUUGGCAAAAGCUUCGUUCUGGUGACUUUUCAGAUGCACCUUGUUUAUCUUCUAAAAUAUAUUCUAUCGUACAAAAAGACAUAUCAGUACCACAAGAGCAAUCUGAACAUCGCUAUAUUGGUCAAGGAGGUUUGGAUCGUAUUGUUAAACAAAUGUUAGCUCCUAAACCUUCGGAUCGACCGACGGCAAAACAAAUUUUGGAAACAGAAGAAGUAACUUGGGUAAAUAAAGUUAGAAAGGCAGGUGCAAUCAUAUAUGAAGGAGAUUAUGGUCCUAUAAUUUAUUCAACAAAUGAUGAUAAAAAUCAAAAUUGGCAUCCUGUCACUUAG